AAGGAAGAGGCCCCGCAGAAGGGACUCGUUGAGCCACCCCCGCUCCACUCCAUGUUCGCUGUGCCCUCAGGCUGGCGCCAUGCCCCCCCCAGCAGAGGUGACCGACCCGUCCCAUGCUCCCGCUGUCCUGCGCCAGCUCAAUGAGCAGCGGCUCCGAGGCCUCUUCUGUGACGUCACCCUCAUAGCUGGAGACACCAAGUUCCCUGCUCACCGCAGUGUCCUGGCUGCUUCGAGUCCCUUCUUCAGAGAGGCCCUGCUUGCUUCAGCUCCACUGCCCCUCCCACCAGUUACUGGGGGCCCUCCCCCCAACCCAGCCACCACCACAGCUGCCGCCUCCUCCUCCAACCCCUCCUCCUCCUCCUCUUCCUCCUCCUCCUCCUCCUCCUCCUCCUCUUCCCCCCCUCCGGCCUCACCCCCCACUUCCUCCCCACCCCGGGUCCUGGAGCUGCCAGGGGUCCCAGCAGCUGCCUUCUCUGAUGUCCUCAACUUCAUCUACAGCGCCCGGCUUGCUCUACCCGGCGGCGGAGGGGACGGGGCUGCAGUGGCAGAGAUCGGAGCUCUGGGGCGGCGUCUGGGCAUCUCCCGCCUGCAGGGCCUGGGGGAGGGAGGCGAUGCCUGGGUACCUCCCGCCCCAGCCCCCAUGGCCACCUCGCAGCCCGAAGAGGAUAGCUUUGGGCCUGGGCCGAGGCCAGCCGGGGAGUGGGAGGGUGACAGGGCUGAGGCCCAGGCCUCUGACUCGCAGGCCCCCCUGUCCCGGCGGCCGCUCCCCUGCCCGCGAUGUGGGAAAAGCUUCAUCCAUCCCAAGCGGCUGCAGACCCACGAGGCCCAGUGCCGCCGGGGGGCCGGCACUCGGGGGUCUGCUGGGCUGGGAUCUGGGGGCUCUGGCCCCAGCGGCCCCGCGGGAGUGGAUGCCUCUGCCCUGCCCACCCCGGUGGGCUUCCGAGGCGGCCCCGAGCACGUGGUGAAGGUGGUGGGCGGCCACGUGCUGUACGUGUGCGCGGCCUGUGAGCGCUCCUACGUGACCCUGUCCAGCCUGAAGCGGCACAGCAACGUGCACUCGUGGCGGAGGAAGUACCCCUGCCGCUACUGCGAGAAGGUGUUCGCGCUGGCGGAGUACCGAACCAAGCAUGAGGUGUGGCACACUGGGGAGCGCAGGUACCAGUGCAUCUUCUGCUGGGAGACCUUUGUCACUUACUAUAACCUGAAGACCCACCAGCGAGCCUUCCAUGGCAUUAGCCCUGGCCUCUUAGCCAGUGAGAAGACACCCAAUGGCGGCUACAAGCCCAAGCUCAAUACCCUCAAGCUGUACCGCCUGCUCCCCAUGCGCGCGGCCAAGCGGCCCUACAAGACCUACAGCCAGGGGGCCCCCGAGGCCCCCCUCUCUCCAGGCCUCAACACACCGGCCCCUGUAGCCUUGCCUGCCAGCCUUUUUUUUUUUUUUUUUUUUUUUUUUUUUUUUAGUGGUGGAGCAGGGGGUGGGCCGGCCAGCACAGGGGGAGCCCAAGCUGCCUCGGUCAUCACUUACACUGCUCCCCCGAGGCCCCCCAAAAAACGUGAGUACCCACCACCUCCCCCUCAGCCUGCAGCCACACCAACCGGCCCGGCCACAGCGGGCAGCCCGGCCACAGCCGCAGGGCCGGCCACAGCCACAGAGGAGGCCAAGGGCCGGAACCCACGGGCUGGAAGGACUCUGACCUACACGGCCAAGCCAGCCGGCGGGAUUGGCGGGGGUGGGGGUCCCCCUGCGGGGCCUGGCCGGGGCCCCUCUCAGCUACAGGCCCCACCUCCACUGUGUCAGAUCACUGUGCGGAUCGGCGAGGAGGCCAUUGUCAAGCGCCGCAUCUCAGAGACUGACCUGCGCCCUGGGGAGCUGAGCGGAGAGGAGGUGGAGGAGAGCGAGGACGAUGACGACGAAGAGGACGAGGACGACGACGAGGACGAGGACGAAGACGAGGACGACGAGGAAUCGAGGGCUGGCGGGGAGGACCAGCUCUGGCGGCCCUACUACUCCUACAAGCCCAAGCGCAAGGCCGGGGCCGCAGGCGCGGGCAGCAGUGGGGGCGGCGCGCUGCCCCGGGGCCGCCGGCCGCCGCGCUGGAGACAGAAGCCGGAGCGCAGGAGCUGGGAGGACGCGCCGGCGGCCGAGGGCCCCGCGGGGCGCGCCCGGGCCGAGCGGAGGCACCGCUGCGGGGAUUGCGCCCAGACCUUCGCCACCCUGAGGAAGCUGCGGAAGCACCAGGAGGCGCACGGCGGGGGCUCGCACGGCUCCCGCGCCGGCCGCAGGCCCUCCAGCCGCUUCGCCUGCCCGCACUGCGCCAAGGUGUGCAAGACGGCGGCCGCCCUGAGCCGCCACGGGCAGAGGCACGCGGCCGAGCGGCCCGGGGGCACCCCCACGCCCGUCAUCGCCUACUCCAAGGGCAGCGCUGGCACCAGGGCCGGGGACGUCAAGGAGGAGGCCCCCCAGGAGAUGCAAGUCUCCUCGUCCAGCGGGGAGGCCGGUGGCGGGAGCGCAGCGGCUGCGGAGGGAGCUUCCGAGGCCGCCUCUCUGCAGGACCCUGUCAUCUCAGGGGGUGAGGAGCCCCCGCUGGUGGCAGGAGGGGGCACCUAUGCAUAUCCGCCUGUGCAGGAAUUUCCACUGGCUCUGAUUGGGAGCGGCAGGGACAGUGGUGGGAGGGGGAAAGCUGGCAGCGAGGGGCCGGUGGGGGCAGGGGAAGGGGACCGCGUGGAGGGGAUGGGGGCUGCCAAAGUCACCUUCUACCCAGAGCCCUACCCGCUCGUCUAUGGCCCCCAGCUCCUUGCCGCCUACCCUUACAACUUCAGCAACCUGGCCGCUCUCCCGGUUGCUCUUAACAUGGUCCUACCUGAUGAGAAGGGUGGGGGAGCCCUUCCCUUCCUUCCAGGGGUCUUUGGCUACGCAGUCAAUCCUCAAGCAGCACCCCCUACUCCCCCAACCCCACCUCCCCCAACUCUUCCUCCACCAGUUCCCCCUAAGGGAGAAGGGGAAAGGGCAGGGCUUGAGAGAACCCAGAAGGGAGAUGUGGGGUGAGCUCUGGGCCCACCUCCCCCCUUUCACCAGAUGCCACCCUCCCUGAACCCCCUGCCACUACCAGCUCCCUGGCUUCCCUGCCCCUUGGGAGCCCCUCCACACUCUUGUGCAGGGACUUGGGGGCCCCUGGAGCUCAGGGGUCAGGCUGCUUUGUGUGAGAUUGUAGUUUUUCCCAUCUCCUGGGAAGGGAUCUUGGGUGGUUCCCCUCUCAGUUCUCCUCCAGGGAAUGGCCUCCAUGAGGGGCAGGGCCAGCUCCCAUCCUUUCUUCAGCCCUCGGGGCAACUGAGCAAUAUACUUAUAUGAAUCUCUACUCACGGCCCCCACCAGCUCUGAAUGUCUAACCCACCCUCCUGAUUCGUAAACCUGGGGGGAAACCAUCUCUCUCACCUAGUGACCUCCCCUCAUUCUGAAGCUUUCUCUAAGCCCCCGCCUAGAUGCUUCCCAGCACAUUCCAUUCUCCGUGGCCCAGGGCCUGGACCAGACCAUUGUGAUACCUGACACCCGCCCAUCUGGGAGCAUGGCUUCGGUUCCUGUUCUUCCCAGGGGUGGGUUUCUGCUUCCCUGUCUCCUCACGUUAAGAUGCCAUGCCUUCCUUGGCUUCCAUGCCUUCGGAUCUUCCAUAUUCCUCCUCAUUCUCCUAGAUUCUGGAGAUGGCCUCUUCCAAUCCAGGUCAGGGAGGUGUUGGGGGGAGGGCUACCCAUCUGUUCCACGGCUGCGCACUUUCCCAGCCCAGGGCAGCACUAAUCUUGGCCCUAUCUUGACCCCCAAAUCCAGUGAGCCCCAGAUUCUUCCAAGGCAAAGAGGUGAGUAGAUCGCACCUCUUCCUGCCUCUACCUAUGGCCUCUUCUGGGCUAAAUCAGAUUUGGGGGCCAGGAGGGAGGAGCUCCAUAUGGGAUGGGGAAGGGAAUCUACUUUCUCCGUUUUUUUGUUUUUUGUUUUUUUUUCCUGAUGGUUUCUCCCAGACUAGACCAAAUAGCCAGAAAAGUGAUGGGGGUUGGAUGGGUGGGUAAGCCCAAGAUUUGCACAUGACCUCCCAUCCUUACCUUUACCUCCAUCUUCCCCAGUGUUGCUUCCCUCACCAUUCACUCCAGGUGGUUUUUGGGGAACCAUCCUACUCCCUUGGUGGGCUUUGGGGUAUCCCCACCAACUUUUCCUCCAGAAUAGCACCUUACACCCCAUCUUUGACUCAGUUCCCCACACCCAAAGAUCCCAGCCUAGGGAUGGGGUGCAGGGACCUUAAACAGUCCCUAAUCCCUAAUUUGCACUAGUUAACCCUGGUCAGGGGUCCAUAUGUUUCCUUCCAGUGGGGGAGUUGAAGAAAUGUUUGCUCCUAAUUCUCCUUGACGACCGGGCGUUCCCACUCUGUGAUUGGAUGAACAUUUCCCAUCCCACCACCUCCCCCCCCCAAAAAAAAUAGCUCACAAGGGGAGAGUCAGUUUGGGGAGCAAAUCUGAUAAAUGGGAAUUAGAGGAGUGCAGUUUAAAAAGGGGAAAGGCUGCCACCAUUUAGAUGGGAGCUUUAUCCCAGCUACUGUUUUCCGGGGCCAAGAUGGCUGCCCUCUCUCGUGGCUGAAAGGGCAAGAUCAUGGCUUUUGGAGGGAGGUGAGCUUGGGGAAGGACCAGGAGCACCCUCCCGCCUCCUCUUACCCUCCUAGUCUAUAGGAAGAGGGAGGUUUUUGACAGGCUCCUGAAUGUUAACCACGGAGGAGUGUCAUUCCUUCUCUCCUCCUCUGUCUCUUUGCACUUUUCCUGGUCUUGGCCACAGUCCGAGUAAAGAGUUUCCUACUGAAUGUACCAAGUUCCAAUUUUUAAGGGGGUAAAAUGCUUAAAGCAGAAAAAUGCAAAAAAAAAAAAA